CUUCAGUUCAGUAGUUUUGAAGAUUUAUUGAUUUAAAGCUUACAGUACACUUUAAUAGGUACUUUCAGAAGAAAUUUGACUAAAAGAAUUUACUUAAUAUUUAAGAUUUUAGGGUUGGUUCACCCCCGCCCAGGGGGCUGCACGUGUUAACGUGAUUUUUUGCCAACCUUGUGUCCCCCUCGAAAAUAAAAUCGACGGGUCUGAGCGUUUUUCCAAAAAAAAAAACUGAGCUGCCAGUAAAUGCGUCUGUUUCGUUAUCGAUGCGCCACCCUGUAUAUUUAUCGCCCACUCUAGUAAAAAUGCAUUUUUGACAAUGUUGAAAUACUGUUUCUCCUUUCUCUAUUAAUGCUUUGCUGCUUCCAUUUGAGUCACCAUCUUUGUAUUCGAAAUCAAGCCAGAAUAUCUCGUUGACCGUAACAUUCAAGGAGAUAUGUUCAAGAAAAAAUUGCCCGGCGAUGCGGGGAUGAUUGGAGGUGUACGGAAAAAAGGCAAAUCGGGCAAACUUGAGGAGUUAGUUUUGCCUAAUGCGAAAUUACGCUUCUGUCCCGAGCAAUUGCAGAACCUGAAUUUUAUUUUCAACAAACGGUUGCAGAAAAUCAAGGACGCUUGUAACGAUAAAUCCUUAGCUUUGGCCAAAUCGGUCACCGAAAGGCUGGUUCAAAGGUUGCUAAGUUCAGUGGGAUCAUUAGAUCCGAGGUUUGCGUCCAAGUUUCUAAUCAGAAACGAUGAUGAAGGCAACAUAAGUUCAAAUACGCUGGACUACAUAGUGAGACUAGACUGCCUAUCAACUCCAUCGCUGUAUGAGUCUGAUGCAAUGCCUCGAUAUUCGGUGAUAGAAGGAGAUACUGAUUGUCCGGCUGCUUAUGCUAGACUGAAGCUGCAGGCUCACACUUUAAAGACAUGGUCAGACUUUGUGAACGGGAAUGGGUAUUUGAGAAGGGAUAAGGUGCAAGCAAGGUUAGUGGAAUUGCUGGCCUUAGCAGCUUCAAAAGAAGCUCCAGUCUCACCGUUACACGUUGACGAGUCUUGUUGUUGUGGAAUACCAGGAAAAGUAGUUGACAGUUAUACACUGUACAACAUAUUGAAGAUUCCUCCGCAAAAACAUGUGUAUUAUGGUCCAGGCGGAAACGUUCCCCGUUUUCCCGAUCCCCGCGACUUCCGGUUGGCCAUCGUAGACGAACCUGAAGGUGUGCGCAUGCGAGUGGAAUUUCUUUCGCCUGCACUAAACGCAUGUUCAGUCGAAGUACGCGUUUUGGUCGCUAUCGGACUGGAUGCUUGGCCUUCCACUACAGAUUUUCCGUUUAGGGUGCCUUUGGGCCAUGCUGAUUGCUUGCUGUACCACCAGGCUGCAGAAACGGGAAUGUACUUGGUAGGAUAUGGAGUACAAUCUUCAGCAUGGCAGAUUAGGCUACCAGCUGCUGAAUAUGUAAUCAUGAAUCAUUAUGGACCAAACAGUACUGUAAGGACAGUGUUAAACAUUUUAUACGGUACUGUUGACGAUUUGGAUCAGGCUAGAAAAACCAAAAGGCAACAGGUUUCUUACAAGAUUCUGAACAAGUACAUAUUCAGAACGCUGCUCUUAGAAGAACUUGAAGAGGCCUCUAAAACACCUGUACUUGAUAUGAUCAAAUGGUCACCAAUGUACCUGUCUACUCACAUCCUAGACUUAUUGGACAAAAUUAUACCAAAAUUGCAGUCUGAAAGGCAAAAUAACUACUUUUUCCACAAAUCGAAUCUCUUAGUUAAUCCUGGACAUCUUUCUGACGACGAUUUUACAGCUGAGGCUCACAAUGUCAAAGUGGUUUUGGUCAGGCUUUUUGAUGAAUCCCUUAUGUCCAGCAAGAUGAAUGAAGAAUUCCAGAAUAUGAUACUCGCCCAGGAGAGCGAGAUGACUCUAUUGCACAAAUGGAAAGACUUAAUCGAAGGUUUACUGCCACCUCCUGGUACUAGAGGUAGAAGAUUCUGCUUUGCUGGUUCAAAAAAUAGACAAGAAGUUGCUCAUACUCAAUACACACAUAGGCAACUGGAGUACAUCGGACUACUUCUGAAAAAAAUGUUAAGUGUGAAGCAAAACAUUUUGCAUACUGACCACACUUGUUUUGACCAAACCAUCAACUUAGAAACCUCUGAUCAAGACCAACCGCUGGACGAUAUAAUCUUCAUCUUAGUUGACAUUUUGGACCAAGCAAGAGACCAAUAUCUGUCAUCACAAACCAACCCAAACAUACUGAAGAACAAACUCAAGAUUAACAACAACUAUUGUAGCUCGACAGCGAAACUUGUGGACCUUAUGCGAAAGGACAAAGAAUUAAUGAACUUAAAUUUGGAGGAUGACAUGGUCUUGGUGAAAACCAUACUGAAAUGGCUUUACAAGGCCAUGGAUUACAACAAGAGAUACCUCGGACCUCUAUUGCGACCUUAUCUCAGCAACUUAUUUGCAGCUUCUCAUGCUAUAUCGUGGCAUAUCGACUCUAUCAAGAAAAGAGCUAGUAGUGAUGAGAUAGAGGCACUCGGAACCUUUUCGGAGCUAGUGAAUUCUGCGAAAAUCACGCCGGCACAAGGAUUGAUAGAUGCGGUUAAUAAAGAUUGGAAUUGGGCCAAAAGCAUGUUGACCAUGGUUGAGAAAAGCACGCUGAGAGUAGUAUUCAUAGAGGAAAGAGGCAAGGUUUACAGACACAUACUGUCGCUACCUUCUUACCAAAAGAAGGAGAUACAAACUGGAAGUAAAACUCUAGACCUAUCAGUUGCCAAAUCUGAAGCAAGGACCCAAAAUACCUUACCGAACUGCUAUUUCAACUCUAUACUAACCGGAAAGAACGAUAAACAUUUGGAAGAUGGGAUUCCCCAACACGAUCAUUUGAAACUCGCUAGUCCCAUGACCCUAUUAUUACGAAAACGUCAUAGACGAGGAGAACACAGAGGCGGAGGUGAUAUAUUCAAAGCACUGGCAUCUAUGCAAAAGUUAAGUAUGUUUCAAGAGGUAACCUCCACGCUGCCACCAGCUGACCGCAUGGAAUUAACCGAGCUCAUCCAAAACGUCCAAAACUCCAGACCUCGACGUCUGAACGCAAAACGAUGGUCUGGUACCUUGCCACAAUCCAAGAAUUACAGUAGACUGAGUCAAAACGGGACAGAGCCACCUCAAAGAUAUAUUCCCAAGGAAGAAAGCGCAGGUAUAAAGAUUUGUGAUCAAAAGGAAGCUAAACAGAAGUACCAAAGUCGCAGUACAGCCAGUUUGAUAGGCACGUGUAGGGCAGCCAGGAUCAGAGAAGACAGCAGUGUAUUUUAUCUGCAGGAUAGUUUCAAGAUUAAGAGUUUGUUGAAUAAGAGCGAUUCUUUCAAAUAUUAGUAAUCGUUUUUUGUUUGUGUGUGUACCUUAUUUUGUACAUAAAAUCUACUAAAUCCCAUUUAAAGUUUUAUUCCUACCACUUAUGUUUUAUGUAUACAGGGUGACCCAUCCAUGUGUGGACGGAAUAUUACUUAUA